AUGGAUAGAAUCAGCACCGGUAUAGGUUCGUGCACCUGCUCAUUCUUCUAUCCGAACAACAAGGAUAUCUUGUACGCUGGAAAUUUUCACAAAGCAGGUACAAAGAUCAACGCCAAGAAGGGUACGAACGACGAUAGCUGCCCAAGAAGGAAAUGUCAGUCGUCCGAAGCCAAGAGCGACCCAAAACUUAAGCAACUAUGCAACACAUCGUACACGUGGGACAUCUUUCCAACCUACGACAUCUUUAAGGUGAACGAAUACGGAAAUGUCAUCGCUCAACUCACCAACAACAAUGUAUACGAUGCAGAAGCAGUAGUCAGUCCAGAUGGAACGAAAAUAGUUUACACCAGUAUGGAAAAUGGCGACCUCGACCUCUACGUUAUGGAUAUUGACGGUUCCAAUAAGAAACAGCUCACAGACGUUUUGGGUUAUGACGGUGGUGGAUUUUUCUCUGCUGACAAUAAGAAGAUCGUUUUUCGUGCUAGUAGACCGAAAACGAAGGAAGAGGUUCAGAAAUACCAGGAAUUGCUUCAUUACAAUCUAGUUUCCCCGACAGAAAUGGAGCUCUAUGUCAUCAAUGUGGACGGAUCGGAUUUGCGCCCUGUGUUCAACAACAGAUUGGGUCGUGCCAACUGGGCCCCCUACUAUCUACCGGACAAUAAAAGGAUCAUUUUUAGUUCCAACUUUAACUCUACCGGUUCUGACUAUAACUCCUUCGACCUUUACCUUGUUAAUGAAGAUGGGACGAAUCUAGAGAAGAUCACUUAUGACGAGAAUAAUUUCGACUCCUUUCCCAUGUUUUCUCACAAAGGCGAUAAAAUCGUAUGGGCUUCUUCUCGAGGGUCAGGGAAGCCCACAGAUAUUAAUAUAUUUAUAGCUGACUGGGCGGUUAGUGUGCCUUGGCAGAACACAAUCACAACUUCUGUUGACGGUGUAGUACAUUUUAAUGGCGAACGACACUUUAAAAACGUGAAACAACUUACAUUUGGCGGACAAAACGCUGAGGGUUACUUCAGCUAUGAUGACUCGAAACUGACUCUUCAAGCUACUGGCUAUGGAACUGACUGCGACCAGAUUUAUGAACUCGACCUUGACGUUGAUCCCCGCGCACAGUUUAUGCGGAGAGUUAGCACUGGUCUCGGUUCGACCACAUGUUCGUUCUUCUUCAACGAAAGGAGUAACGAUCACCGACUUUACGCCGGAAAUUUCUGGAACGUGAAUGUCUCCUCCUUUCCCGAUGUUUCAAAGACAUGUCCUAAGAAGAAAUGUCGGAAUCCGGGUAGCAUAACCGACCCGGUCCUCAAGCAUCUCUGUAAUACAUCGUACACUUGGGAUAUCUUUCCCGACUACGAUAUUUUCAAGGUGAAUAAAUUCGGCAACAUUGCUCAACAACUCACUGACCAUCCUGGAUACGAUGCCGAAGCGGUAUUGAGCCCGGACGGCAAGUUGAUUGCAUUUACGUCCAUUCGUUCUGGAGACCUGGACCUUUGGAUCAUGAAUUCUGAUGGCACUGAUCUCAGACAAGUCACCAACGAUUUGGGUUAUGAUGGGGGAGCGUUUUUUUCUCCAGACGGCAAACGUUUAGUAUUUCGUGCCAGUAGACCGAAAUCUCGUGAUGAUAUCGCUAAGUACAAAAAAUUGCUGGAGUACAACCUCGUCGAGCCGGUGUCGAUGGAACUUUUUGUUGUGGACUUGGAUGGCUCUAAUCUUAGGCAGGUCACACAUCUCGGUGGAUCCAACUGGGCUCCAUACUACUUAGCUGACAACAAACGAAUCGUCUUCAGUUCCAAUUAUGAGAACAGUGGAAGCGGAUUCGGAGCGUUUGCACUUUACCUUAUCAACGAUGAUGGAAGUGGUCUGGAGCGGAUCACUUUUGGUGAUAAACAUGAGUUCAACUCGUUCCCGAUGAUGAAUCACGCUGGCACAAAACUGGUGUGGGGAUCGAGCAGAAAUGGCUCCAGUCAGCACGAGCUGAACCUCUUCCUGGCCGACUGGACAGAUGAAAGUCACUCGGUAGCCAGUAUCUCUGUCAUGGUGCCUAUUCUGCUGAUUUUUCUUGCCAUCUAG